AUGGUGUUCUGGAAUGAGAGUAGUGAUUGCUGCUCGUGGGAGGGGGUCACGUGCGACUGGUCCAAUGGUCAUGUGAUUGGACUUGACCUCAGUUGCAGCCAACUUCAGGGCACCAUCCAACCCAACACCACCCUCUUCCACCUUCGUCACCUCCAAACCCUCAAUCUUGCCUUCAAUGACUUCAAUUUCUCUACAAUUUCACGUGAUUUUGGCUCAUUUCCAAGUUUGACCCAUCUCAACCUCUCUUACUCUAAUUUUACAGGCCGAAUUCCCUCAAAAAUCUGCCAUCUGUCCAAAUUGAUUUCCUUAGACCUCUCUUAUUUGGGUUAUUAUUAUUAUCCUCCUAAGGGGAGACUUGAACAACACACUUUCAAUAUGCUCCUUCGAAACCUAACCCAAUUAAGAGAACUACACCUUGAUUCGUUGAAUAUCUCUUCACCUUUACCUCAUGCUUUGCUAAAUCUAUCUUCUUUGACAUCUCUCAGUCUUGGUUAUUGUCAACUGCGUGGGAAAUUCUCAGAAAACAUUUUUCACUUUCCAAACCUACGAGAGCUCCAUGUAUGGGGAAAUCGGGACCUCACAGGUAAACUUCCAUACUUCAAUGCAACUAGUUCCCUUCAGUUUCUUGAUCUUGGCGACAUAAGUUUUUCUGGCCAAUUGCCUGAAUCAAUCAGCAAUCUUAAAGCCUUGAAUAUUUUGUACCUCUUCAACUGCAACCUUUCGGGGUCCAUUCCAGCUUCUGUUUGGAACCUUACAAAAAUCACCAAUUUAGCCUUCUCAUCUAAUAGUUUCAGCGGUCAAAUCCCCUCAUCAAAUUCAAACCUUGCAAAGCUUAAUAGCUUGUAUCUUUCCAGAAACAAUUUGAACGGACAAAUACCGGAUUCCCUUGGCAACAUGAGCCAACUAACUUCUCUCCAUUUGAGUUAUAACUCACUCAAUGGGACAAUACCAUCUUCGUUGUUUGCUCUGCCUUCACUGGUUUAUAUAGAAUUGAUUAACAAUAAGCUACAGGGACCAAUUCCAGGAUCAGUUUAUGAACUUCAGAACCUAACAUUCUUGCGGCUUUCAUCAAAUAACUUGAGUGGUGUAGUGGAUCUAGACAAGCUUCUAAAGCUUAAAAAUCUGAUCUCUCUUGGUCUCUCAUAUAAUGGUCUCUCAUUGAGCAUCAACAACAGUGUCAACUCUACCUUGACCAACUUUAAAACUAUAGGAUUAGCUUCUUGCAACUUGAGCGAAUUCCCAAACUUCUUGAGAGAACAAGCCAGAUUGCGUUCUCUAGACCUUUCAAACAACAAAAUUCACGGUGAAGUUCCAAAAUGGUUAUUCAAUGUGGGGAAAGAUUCAUUGCAAAAUAAGAAUCUACAGCUUAUUGACCUGCACUCCAACUCACUCCGAGGACCACUCCCUGUUCCACCUAACACCACAUAUGUUUUCUCUAUCUCAAACAAUAAAUUGACCGGAGAAAUCCCUACAUUGAUUUGCAAUCUGAGUUCACUUGGAGUUCUUGAUCUGUCUAAUAACAGUUUGAGCGGGUUGAUUCCACAAUGUUUGGGAAACUUGAGCAACAGUCUCUCAGUGCUGAAUUUAGGGAUCAAUAGCUUUCGUGGCACGUUUACUGCAACAUUUACCAAAGGCAUUAAGGGGUGGUUGGCUUAA